AUGACUCAAUUGAGAUCGUGGCUGGCGCUCUCUAACAAUGCUGAUCGCGAACACAUCUACCGUUUUUUAUCCUUCAUUGGCGAACGUUAUCCAGAAAAAAAUGACUUGCCACCUCUUACUGAUCUCAGUCGUGCGGUCUGGCAGCAAGCAAUAUUCCACAAGAAGAGUGAUCCGGAGUACAAACCUGACUGGCUUUCUUCAGUGCUCACGACACAUUACAAGGUACCUCCUGCUACGUAUGAGCUGAUGCGAUUUGUUGCAACCAGCUGGACAACCCCAUUGUCGCUGGACUCUUCUCUGAUUCCUGUUCUUCUGAGGUUACAUCCCGACGACAUCUGUUCGCCCUCCCCUUCAGUUCCGAAUCGACCGUGCCAUUCAGCUCGUACUCCUUCCCAACAACCGCCUCGGUCGUCUACCGAUAGGAUUUUUUCACCACGUGUAGAUCUCGUUGGUUUGUAUGCUGAACGAGCUCGAACGCUUCUAGAGAAGGACCGCCCACGAGUUCUGGUCGCGAACGAGAAGAAGAUUCGAACAUUACAGGAGAAACUCAAGAAAAACAUAAAGAUGCAGCAAAAGCUGCAGGACAACGUCAGAGAGGAGAGGAGUUUUCUGGAAAGCAUUUCGUCUUCGUCUGAUCGGAACAAAACGAAGAGCUUGCAACCAGCGCUGUCCGAGAGGGCGUCGCGGUCAUCUGAAGUCUCCUACACAGACCUCAAAAAGGGCACUGAAGCGAUUGAUAAGAGUUUGCGCCUUCUUGACAGGACACUAAGCAAGAUGCAAGUUUCAGUAGGUGGUCCAGUUACAGAACAGAAUUCAUCGGUGGCAGACUCUCAACGGACAGAAGGAGUGUUCGAGGAUGUUCUCGAAACGGCCAAGGAAGACUCGAGUGGAGACGAUAUUCCAGAUCCAGAUUACCCGUCGUUGAACUACUAUGAAACAACAGUUCCCAAAGAGCCGCUGCCUCAAAUCCUCAAACUCGAUCUCAGUCAGCUUUCUCCACAAGUGGAUAUAAGGAGGCAGACUGCUGCCAAGCCGCCGAUCAAGUCUUCUUCUCAGCGGACGACGGCUCUGCCUGAGUGGAUGCGACUGUUACCUCUUGACGAAACCAGUACCUCUAGUCGCCUACCGCUGCUGCAGUACAAUCCACCAAAACAAAGGGAGUGGAAGACGGAACGCUGCACGCAGACACACGGUUCUUAUAGUGAUGUAACGGAGAUGGCCUGUCAGACAGUCGAAGACGAGCGAAAUCCACCGGAUAGCGGUUUUCUAGAUACCGUCGAUAAAUCGUCAAGUAAAAGAAUUGAAAUCAUUCAGCCAAUGACCAAACAGCAUAUACGUGAAAUGCUGAGCCAAAUGUGA